AAGCGACUAAGUGAUGACGGAGACGUUCUACGCAGCGAUAUUUGGAUACGAUGAGGGAAUCCUGUCUGAUGACUGUGUGCUGGCAGCAGCUCUGUGGAGAAACCUGUUCAACAGAGAUUGUGAAGACCCCAAACAGCUGGAGCUCAUGGUGGAAUACGUACGCAAACAGAUGCAGUACAUCGACGCUCUGGACGGCGAGGACCUGCUGCUGACUGGCGAGGUGAAGUGGCGCCCUCUGGUGGAGGAGAACGCUCAGAGCAUCCUGAAGGUGGUCACACCAACGUACAACGACACGGGACUGUGAGGCGACGAGAUGGACUCCUGUUUCCUCUCAUCCAAAGUCCUCUUCCUCUGACCCCGCCCCCCCUUGCCCCCUUACCCUCUUCUCCUCCCAGUUGUUUUCCUUUCUUCCUCCUCGUGUAAUCAUGCGACCCAUUCCCCUCCUGUGUCUCUGUACUCGUCUCUUUCAUGUAAGGAGGGAUUUUAAAUCUGACAUGAAGUCUGUUGCUGUCAACCAUUUUUUUUUUUUUUUUUUUUUUGUCUUUUUCUUCCUCGUUUUACCCAAAACCCAUUUUUGUCCUCCUCUUCCUUCCUCCAGGAGUUUGAAUCAGGAGGUCCAGUGAAGUCAGGAUAGACAGUCAGGAACGUUUUUUUUUUUUCCCCACACAACCUUUCUUGUAAUUUCAUCAUAAAUCAAUAAAACAAACCAGCCAAAAGGCAGAAUAUGCCACACGUCAUCAUCAUCAUCCUCCUCCUCCAUCGUCGUCCUGUCGGUUUUGAGAGCCUCGUCAAGCUAUUGAGGGAGAAACACACCAAGAGAGAACAAGACACUGUAUUUAUAUUUUCUUGUUGUUCCAUGAACGCCACUCUGUAUUUGUGAAGUAUUUUGUAUACCUCCAUGUUUACUUCUGUUCUUUUUCUGUCCUUCACUGUUUCACAUAAAGUUUCACUCUUAAUAAUGAAGUCCGGUGACGUCAGGCUUUAGAAGGGAAUGAUCAUCUUUCUGCUGUUUGUCUCUCUCUCUCUCUCUCUCUUUUCCCAUAAUGCUCUCAGAUCCGAACAGGAAGCCGAGCUCUUAAAGGCGUAUGUGUCGCCAGUGCUUUAAAAAAAAAGGAAAGAUUUGUUUUGUUUUUAAAAAGACAAUUAAUAAAAUGUUCUCUGGAUGUAAAACUAA